AUGGCUCGACAGGCCUCAGCAUUCAAGUACCUUCAUGGAAAGAAAGAUACCCAGAUCACCAAAUAUAAUACAGAUGAAUUAACAAAUUUAUUAAUAGAUAAUGACAUCCAUUCACCUGAACUAUUAGACCCUGGUAAGGCUACGGAUAAGAGAGAACAACUGUAUAUUAAUGUUCAUGGCCUAUCUUGGAGGUCAAAAGUCUGA